CAUCCCCUCCGACAGGCAGCCUCUUCUAGCUUUGGGAUCUGUCGGAGCACAAUGAAAGAAAGCUAGAUCUAUCUGGCGGUCUCUAAUUUCUCUCGUCCUCUCUGCCUCUCCCGAUUGAUACCAACAAAAUCACUAUUCUUUUCCCAACAAAAUCACAAGGAAACAAAGCAAUAUCUAGAUCUCCUUACCACGGAGUUGGCGGAGACGAUGAUGGAGCUGGGCGAUCUGCUCGCCCGCGAGUACAGCAUGACUAGGGGCGUCGAAGGGCGACUUCGGAACCGUCGGUGGCGGCCAUGGCCACCGGAUCGAUGGGGGAGUCCCGUCAUAUAGCAUUCCAAGUUUUUCAGCUUGUAGUGCUCCUGAACUAUAUUUGAAUUCGAUCUGGCUACUCUGUGGAUUGUACCUAUUAUUUAACCUAAGCCAAGAAAUUGGUCUGACGAGAAACUUAGCUGGAGCUUUGUUACAAUAUCGACAAUUGAUGAGCUACGUUCUGAGCCCCAUUUGAAAUUAAUGUAGAGGCCGGAGAUCCACAGAUCUGACAAAUCCAUCAUGCACACUAAGGUUAUCUGGGAAGACACGAUUGAUGGUGCCGUUGAGCGAAUACUUCAUGAACUCAAGAACACUAGCAGCAGAGAGAAUGCCAUCUACUUUGAUGGUUGGGACGGGCUGGGGACGUCUGCCGUCCUGCGAGCUGUAGCCCAACGGCUGGCAUCAAAGGAACCGGCAAGGCCCCCAGGGCUUGAAUUUGAGGAAGUCAUCCACAUUGACUACUCAAAGUGGAAGAGCAGAAGAGCAUUGCAGCGGGAAAUCACAGAGCAGUUGCGGCUUCCGAGUUGGCUGAUGAAGGUGUUUGACAAGCAAGAUGAGGAUGAUGAUUUCAACGGUAUUAUUGAUCAACGUCGUCGAACUGAGAUAGAAGAGGUCACAGCAAGGAUCCAUAGGAGCAUGGAGAGCCGCAGGUUUCUUCUGAUUCUUCACAAUGGACACAACGAGGAAAUUGAUAUAUUUAACCUAGGUCUUAACCUCGGUCUUUCCCGGUAUGGGUACCCGAGUAACAAGAUGUUGUGGACCUUCCAGGGGAGGUUUAGGCUCGACCCCAAGCUGCGAGACAUGGUUGUGAAGAACAAUACGACAGAUGUUCUUAUCUCAGCUUCUUCCUUCAGGAGAGAUCCACGAGACCUCUGGUCCUAUCUAGUGCGUGAAGAGGCUGAACAAGUUUCAUGCAAGCAUGGCAUCGAUCCUGCAAUGGUUGUUGAGUGCUUCUUGUAUAUGUUGGAACGGAGUUACAUGGGCCAAAACAUCAUUGACUAUGAUUGGGCUUUUCAUGCUUCCAACUUUUGGAUAUGUGAUGGAAUCAUACAUCAGGAACAGUGGCGGUUGGGGAAUGCUCUUCACGAAGACUUGGAAUGGUGUAUAGACAAGUUGUCCCGACAAGAAGCCAAAGAAGAGGGUCUUCAUAAGUCUCACAUGGAAAAGUAUGCCAACCUCAGACCAUACUGGAUUUCAACAGCCAGUUCUGGAUUUCUACUAAACCCAGUUGGUAUUAUUCCUAACAACAUGUUUCAGAAUUCAGACAAGCUCAGUGUGAUAAAACUGUCGCAGUGUGCCUUCAGUUUCUUAUUACCUCCAUUUCUAUACUGCCACAGCCUUAGAUUUCUAUGUCUAGACCGUUGCAAGAACCUGCAACAAAACAUAUGUGCAGAAGAAGGGAAUGAUUCCACCAGGGUCUGGGCAUGCUUCCAAAGCCUGUGGAUACUUGACUUGCGCCACAUGGACAUGGAUUGGAUCUUAUCUGCACAGAUGAUGGACCUCAUGACUCAGCUCACUGAGCUAAACAUAGUGGGAGCUGAGAACUGGGACCUGAGCCAUUUACGUGGACGUCUUCGUAACAUCCGCAAGCUCCGGGUAAUAGCGUCUACCUUUUGUAAUUAUGAGAGCAGCUUGUUCUCGGAAAUGGAGCAGUUGGAGAUUCUUGAAUUUUCAGGAAAUAUAACCGAACGACGAGUGAGCUUAUUAUCUCUUUGUAAUCGACUCAAGAGUGUCGCUGUUCAUGGAUCGGAUGGACUAGAAAAGAUCUCUUUGCAAGGCUUUUCCCAACUGAAGAAUGUCUUGUUGAGUGGAAUGUUGGAGGGACUCGAGGAACUGGACCUCUCGGGUACAACGUUGCAGACAAUUAACCUUGGCGCAACGUGGUGCCUGAAUCUCAAGAGGUUCCUUCUGUUAGGCUGCGAGAAGCUCCGUGCUGUGUUGUGGCCACCGAGAGGCCGUAGACAAGUGUUAGAUGUGUUGCGUAUUGACACCACCUCACGAUCAGAAUCAGAUAACGCAGUGGAAAGAAACUUAUCUGACUCUGCUUCCACGAGAUCAUCAUUAGUCAUUCACAAGGGAAAAGAAUUACAUGCUCAUCCAUAUCGCCACAAAUCCCUCAAGGAGCAGAAAGAGAAAUACUUCAAUAGAUGGCGGAUUUCUCUGACAGAUGCAAGGCUCCUUAGGUCGCUUUUGCCCGUCAUAGAGGAUUUAAGAGAGACAUUUGAAACAGUGUACAACCAGUUAAGAAGGAGAGGAUCCUUGCAUGUUGAUAUCUGUGCUGCAGCUGCUCUUGGUGGUAGGAACGUACAAGGAGCAAUGAGUAGCCGUACCAACCAUAGAAGUACUUUGGUGGACUCAAAGUACAAAGAUAUCUUUAAGGAGGCUGGUCUGGCUAAUAAAUAUGAUGAUUUGGAUGAUGGCCCAACCCCAUCUGCAGUGACAUUGAUGUGGGACUGCCCCAAGAUAGAUUUAGGUGAUGACUACCAGACCUGUAUCAUAGAGAUGAUCGUUAAUGAACAGCGCAGGGAACCCUUAGAGGAUGCCUAUUUUACAGGGAAACCCUUGCAGGCAAGUAUUGAACUCAUGGCGGAAGCUUUCUGGGCGGCGCAAUAUGAAAGUGGUGGUAGCGUCAGUUCAUCAUUUCCUGUUUUUCCUGACCUCAUAUAUCCUCUUGUCACAUCAUUACACGUUUACAAUAGCUCCUCCGUCACCAGUAUUGACGCACCUUCAGAAGACUCUUGGUCUGAUCUAAGAUGGUGCCGAGUUGAGAGGUGCCACAAGAUACACACAGUCUUCAGAACUCUCAAGGGCAGCAAGAAUGUGCACGGGUGCCAAUUCCCCAACCUGAGAACAUUCUGGGCAUCCCAACUCCUGACGGCACACUACGUCUGGAGCUGGUCUACCGCAACAACUCACCCUGAUGCAUAUUACUCUUUCCAUGACCUGAGAUUCUUGCAUCUGGACUACUGCCCCAGGCUCGUACAUGUACUCCCUGUACAGGUACAUAUGAGCUACAGCUUGCGGACCAUUGAGAUCGUGUACUGUGGUGAUCUCACUGAGAUAUUCCCAUUGUAUGUGCACGAUGAGACCAAAGGGCAGAUCCAUCGGAAAUGCCCAGGCUGGAGCGCAUCCACCUGUGCGAACUCCCCAAGCUGCGGCACAUCCGCGAGCUCAAGCUGA